AUGGCAGGUCUUACUCUCUUCUUCUCUUUUCUCUCCCUAUCUCUCAUCAUCUCUGGUGCGAGCUCUCGUGUCCUAAGUCCACUUCCUCUAAACAACUCCAUCUUGAUCUCUGAUGGCGUCCAUGACGUCUCCGAAUACAAGUUUCUCACUCUCGACCCUCCUAAGACCUUGUCCGGGACCGAAUGUGAACAUGUCUAUGGUUUUCUUCCAUGUGCAAAUAGUGUUGGAGGUUAUUUCUUCCAAGUACUCAGCUUUGGGUGUCUCUUGAUCGUUGGUGACUAUUUCUUGUCCAUAGGAAGGUCGCAACUCUUCUUAAUCUUUGAUGUUGGAUUCUAUGGUGGAAUCAUCUUCCCUCUUCUUACAAUGUUCCCACGAAUUGUUCUUAUGCUCGCGAAUGGGCUAUCAUCGGGCAGCGAUGUUGCUAACUCCUUCGUAGAUAACAACGUUGGAGUUACUGCGGGAUACACUGUGUUUGCUCUCACAAUUCAAUGGGGAGCUUGUGUUGUGUUUAGCAUCACUGGUCCGAGUUUGGAAAAUGAAGAAAGAAAAACAAUCACUAAAAUCAUACGUGAAUGGUGGAGCCAAAGGGAUAACUUGAAAGCCAUCGUUGAAAAAAGCGCAGAUGUGGACACCAAAAACAAGGAAAUUGCAGGGAUUAUGUUGUUGAGUCUAGCUCCCUUUCUCAUGGUGACACUUUCAGCGAUAUGUGAUUCACACUCUUGGAGGCAGAUCAUCAUAUUGACAACACUAAUAAUCUCUUCUUCUUCAACCAUUGUCUACUUUUGUUACUCGUAUGUUGAUCGGGCUAACCAAGAGAAGAGCUUAGAUUACGCAAGAUUUGAAAUCAUGUCAGAAGUUCAUAUGCUCUUACAGAGGUUUUCACCACAAAACCUUAUAGAACAUGGAGAGAUAAACAAAGAGAGCUUAAAAAGUUUGUUUGAGAAAACUGAUACAAAUGGAGAUGGGAAGAUACAAAUAUCUGAGCUAAAAGAUUUAGCCAUAGAGUUUUGGAACUUGGGGAGAAUGAAAUGCGACAGAAAUGAGAUUGGUAGAAUUUUUCUUGAGGAUUUCAAUGGAGAUGAAAAACGUGAAUUAAAUGAGAAAGAAUUUGAGGAAGGGGUCACGAAGUUUCUCAAACAAUACAAAUUCAUUUGCGACAACGUAGAGGAAGAAAAAGAGAAUCACAAUGGUGAUCACGGAGUUCUAAAGGUGAAAGUACCAAAGAAAACGAUUGUUACUAAAUUUUUCUCUACGGAAACGUUUGGAGCUGCGACUGAAGUAGUCAUAGGGAUCUUAAUUGUCAUCUUUCUAGCAAAGCCAUUUAUGAUGAACAUCGAGCUCUUAUCAGUCUCAGCUGGAAUUCCCUCUUUUUACAUCGUGUUCGUGAUGAUCCCUUUGUCUAGAAACUUAAAGAACACACUAUCAAUGCGCUUCUGUCGUCCGAAAGACAAGAGAAGAGUCUCGUCCAGUACCUUCGCCGAGAUCCAAAGAUAUUACAAUGAACAAUCUCAUGGGAUUGUCAAUCAUAUUGGCGGUUGUAUACACGAGAGGCUUGACAUGGAAUUGCUCGGUAGAAGCUCUUAUUCUUGUGGUCGUUGGCCUUGCAAUUGGCUUACCGGCUUAUCUGAUAUCGACUUACCCCUUCUGGAUCUGUGUAUUGGCCUUUGCUAUGUAUAUCUUCUCUCUUGUCCUUAUCUAUCUCCGUUAUCAAUUUCUAGGCAAGCACUAGGUUUCCACCUUUAG